UAAUAUACAUACUUUUUUGUAAAUUUAUGUUUGUAUUCUUACACAUCAUAAAAGUGGAUUCGUUAGUUUUCUAUGCAUAAACAUUUUAAUCUUUUUUUAAAGCAUAUGUAUUGUGUAUCAUACAGAAUUUAUUAUUUGCAAAACAAACAAAUUCAAUUCUCUAAGUGAAUACAAAAAUCAAAUCAUUUAAGAGGUCAAAGUUCCUAAGUACAUUGGAUGUACAAGCUGUUGAUUUUAAUCGUUUGUACCUGUUAUUUUUGUUUUCAAUUAGGUUCACAUUGCUUCGGAAAAAGUGCACAGUUUAAAAGAACAACAUUGGCAUGACGCAUUUUAAUUGAGUGAAAAUGUGUGCAAGAAACGGAUACUAUUUUGUGUAUAGUUUGUUAAAAUCAUUUGUUUUUCUUAAAAAAAAUAUAAAUGUAUGUUUUGUGGAUCCGUUGGACGAGUACCCACGAUAACGCGUAAUCAUAAGUAAUAAUAGCCGUAUUUUUAACAUUACCAGGCAUCAAAAGCAGAAAGUUAAGAUACUUAAAUAUCAACUGCAGCAACCAAAUCAGCAUCAAGAAAACAGAAUCAUAAUAAAUGGUGUUCUUCUGUGAUAUAACUUUAAAUAAUUAACGGUUAUAGCUCUUAUUGCUUGACAUUUAUGUAGUACAAACACAAAUGCUAGAAGCAAAAUUAUGUUUUGAGGUGUUUGCACUGAACAUACAAACCAUAUUCGUAUUUUUUUCGGAUUCACAUUUUAUAUGGAAUUGAAAUGAACUAUAACAAGUCAUAUUUAAAUCGCUCGUAAACUUUUUCUUCUUUUCAUCAGAUGGACUUAGCCGUGCCACAGGAGCUCGAGGAGCUUAUUUUGUGUAGUUGCUGUCUUCUGCCGUUUAAUGAAACAGACGCCCUACCGAAGCUUUUAACUUGUCGUCAUUAUUUUUGUUUAAAAUGCGUAAAUUCCAUACUGCAGAAAGGUAGUGAGCUAUAUUGCAUGCACUGUUGGAAACGAACCGAAAUACCCGGCCCCGAAAUGAAACCGGACAAUCUUCCAACCUAUGGUGCCAUAUUAUUCCUCACAAAGAACAUGAACAUGCUCAGCAUAAGUAAACCGAAAAUAUCAUCUGGAAAACAACGUUCAUCAUCAUCGACGUCAUCUGUUAAUUCAAAUAAUGGUGGCGCUUGCAGUGGAGGAAACACGACUAAUGGUAAUUCAAAUUCAACAACUGCUAGCGGAAACAGCUGUAGCUCCAAGUCCAAUUCGGACCCAAAAUUAUCACAAACCGCAUCGACUAAAAUUAAAAAGGGUGAAAAUUGCAUGACACACGCAAUGCCAAAUACGCUAUGGUGCACUAAAUGCGGAAUAUUAGUGUGUCGAGCUUGUGCAGCUUCGGAAGAUCAUAGAAAUCAUUUAGUAAAAAGCCAAGUCGAGGCAAAAGAAACUAUUCAAACUGAUAUUGCUAAUGAACUAUUUUCCAUGCAAAAAACACUUAACGAUGUGCAGCAUUUAGUUUUGAAACAACGCGAUUUUUUGCUCAAGAUUUUAGAAUCAUGCACAGCACUGAAAACUCAAAUCGAAACGGAAUUGAUAAAUCAUGUACCCACCCUUGAAAUCGCUGAAAUACGCGAGAGUUUAUGCAAAGCUAAAAUUUGUUUAGAUAUGUUAGAUAAUCAAUCGCCUGCCGAUGCUCUCAAAUUGUAUACUACAUUAAAUUUAGAAAAGCAACGUUUGAUAAGCAGAUACCAAGAAAUGUUCCUACAGUGUAAGCUUGACGAUUUAAUUAGAAAUUUUGGUAUGGUUUUUGAUUUUGAUCUAAUAAAACAAGCACUUGUUCAAUUACAUAGCUGCGUUAUAAGCGGAGGCAAUUUGGAUUCAUUUGGCUGCCUAACCGUCGCAGCAGUGCACCACAAUCCAGUACUAUUGCUUGCAAAUUACUGUAUUUCACAAUUAUAUUCUCGACAUGUUUUGACACUGAAACAAAAACAGAUACGGCUAAGUAAUAACAGUAGCGGUUAUUUUCAAUCAAAUCCUCAUACUUUCCAAUCGCAAAACACGGUCCCACAGCAAUCUAAUCAUAGCAGUCAAUCACCCCAAAAUGAUGGAAUUGCCCAAGCUAAAACCUAUGCCGAUAUAACAACCAGUUCGCCGAAAUCAAGUCGAAACCAUCAUCAUGCGAGUAACACACCGUCCAAAAACGGAUUUGAAAAUCACCGUAUUGAGAGUUUAGGGCCAGUUGCUCCACCUAACGGCAUUCGAGUACCAGCAACCCCACCGGGUGCAUUUCCAACUAAUGAUUUUAAUGCAAUAACCGUUCCAACAAUGACUAUGAUACACAUGCAACAAAAACAUCAUUCUAAACAGGUUCACAAAUCUAAUACACAACAACAACAAUCUAACCCUUCAGCCAGUCUUUUGCUUAAUCCGAAUGUUCAUGUAUAUCCGAUAUAUUUCUUCGACAUCGAUAUGAACGCUCAAACAAUAGGUCGAAUACUUAUUGAAGUACGCAAUGAUGUUGCACCAAAAAUGGCAAACAAUUUUGGAGCACUCGCUACUCACGAAGUUGGGUUUGGAUAUAAAGGUUGUCAAAUAUUUCAAUGCUGGGAAAACGAAAGUAUUAUCACUGGUGAUUUUGAACUUAAUAAUGGUCGUGGGGGACGAUCUGUAUUUGAAGAACAUUUCUUUAUGCCCGACGAUACAAAAAUUUUAGCUAUUCGAGGUUCAGUCGGCAUGCGCCGCAGUCAGAAACGACACGACAAUAUGGGUUUGGUCGGAUCUCAGUUUCGAGUAAUACUUCGAGAGAUGCGUGGCUUUACUGGAAUUUUUGCAUUUGUAGUUGAUGGUUUAGAAUUAAUUGAAAAAAUAAGUCAAACAGGAGAUUCUGCUGGCAAGCCGCAGAGUAAUGUUGUGAUUCAAAAUUGUGGUAAAUAUCAAUAGGAUAGAAAAUGCUUGUAAAAAAAGAACAUUUGCACAAUUCUUUUUUUUUUUGUUAAAUGUUUCAUUUUAAUGAACAUAAAUGCAUUUUACUUUUAAAAAAAUCUAACAAACUUUUAAGGGAAAUUGAAAAUUUGACUAUGUAUGUGAAAAAUAAAAUACUUCUUAAGGGUACCUGUUAAUGAAGAAAAAAAUGUAUAUUUCUUUAGAUCUAUUAUAUAAAUAAACUGUUAUAACUCUUUUUAUUAAAUUAUUUCUCAAGUCUAGAAGCAGAAGACACCAAACAAAAUUCACAAAAGAACUCGCUGAAGAGGAAUUUAUUAAACAUAUUGUAUAAGGGUGCUUUCACUGUCCAGAAAUUUAAAUAAAACGAUGAAAAUAUGAUAUCUAAAUAAAGCAAAAUAUUUUUUUCAGCUAUCACA